AUUUGUUGCGGAGCUGCUUUGUUUACACAUGUCUGCACAUAUCAGAAAAUAGCAAGAGCGUCUAUGAACAACCAGCAUAUUUCAACAAGACAUACAAUAGCACUUUUGAGCAAUCAGCAUAACAGAGACUUUAAAAUGUCGAACGGCUUCGGUACGAUAACGUGGUGGGGAUUUAGUCCAGCUAUUGAUCUACAGAAUCCAGAUUUGAUAACUGCAUUGACUGGACUAAAUAUUGAUGAGAAAGAUGAUGAGGAGAUGAGAAUCUUGCUGGUUGGUGCUGGAGACCUGAGGCAUGCUCUGACAACUUUAGCCAGAUCUUAUCGUUAUAGGAAGAAAAAAAUUCAUUUUUACAUCCUGGAGAAUGCGCUGGAGCUGUAUGCCAGAGACAUGCUAUUUUUAUCUUUGAGUUUGGAAACACCAAAACGCAUGGGCUUACAGGAAAAGACAGAGAUGUUCCUAGAACUCUUUGGAAAUCUGACGAUCAGAAAACAGUCCAGUGAAUAUGUGGAAAAGAUGGCAAAUGAGUUCAUUAAAAUGGUGACAGAUUUUGACAUUCUCCAUCAGAAAUUGCCCAUGUUAGAUUUGUCUCAGUUAAAGUUUAAAGAAAGAGACUUUCUUGAGGGAAUUUUCAAAUUUUGGAGAAAUCCUUCAUUAGAAAUAUUUGAUGCAGUAAAACAUUGGGACAUGAGACAAAGACAGUACCUGGGCCCACGGUACGACUGUCGGAUGAAUGCUUAUGACUGGGACUAUCACAUGAAACUUGUCAACAAAGAGGCAGAAAUCAUUCACAAACAUGAAUACAAGACUUGGAGGAGUACGGGAAUUGCUUUUGAACCAAGGGAGGCGACUUAUGAUGUCCCAAACAAAACACUGGCCUCUGGAGUGGUUGUCAAUCAAGGAGGGGAGAAAGUGUCAAGAAGAGGAUACUGGGGGGACAUUGUGGCCAGCCCCUUCCUGGCAUUUGGGAUCCAAAGUGAGGACAAAUCCUUCUUCAAGAAAUCUAACAACAUGUAUACAAAGCUAUCCCUGAAUGUUGCUGAAUUCAACAUUUUGUCCCUCUUUCAUGAGCUAACUCACAAAGAAAAAUAUGUCCCUCCAAAAGUGGAGGAAAAAUCUUCGGAGAAAAAGGAAAAGGAAGGAGGGGCAACAAUCACAGAACUAACUGAGGAGGAAGAAAAUCAGGAAGAGGAAAGUUUGAAGCAGGAUGAAGUCUCCAGUAACCCCCUAGAGCUACCCUAUGAAAGUUUACCGUUAGAGGAUGUUAAGAUCACAUUUCUUCCACUGAAUUGCCUCCCAGAUCUUCAGAGAAAGUCAAAAUACCAAAACACAUUCCACAUGGUGUACUUUGCCAAUAGCCUGGUUCAUCUCCUGACCUCUGAUGUGGCGCCCAUCCUCACCGACACUGCUGUAGUGAUCAUAGAGACAGCCAGAUAUAUGCUAGAACUGAAAGAUGAUCAAGAGGUGGAAUUUGUCAAUAAAGUGAUAGGUCUGGCAAAGGCUGCUGGAUGUCAGGAUCCAGGGAAAAUUGAUGCCAAAACAUCAAACUUCAUCACCUUUAGAUACCAGCGACCAAGUUCCUGAUGUUAACUGAACAGUUGCUGUUCAUUAUUAUAAACAUCCUCCAUUCAUCUGAAGCAAUCAUAAACUAUUGUGGAUUUAAUCUGGGUUGAUGAUUGACAAUCAGUUUCACUGAUCACAAUAUGUGUAUAUUUAUUCCUUUCUGUAUAUAAGACAAUAAAUUAUUGUGCAAUG